AUGCUAUGCAGAUUUCAAGAGAAGGGAAAUUUGGAAGUAUUGCUGUUCACAGUUCAAAGCAAGCUGAGAGCAAAUAACCAGAAACCUUAUGUUCCCAGUGAAGGCAAGACCAUCUCUGACAUCAACAAGGCCUGGGAGAGGCUUGAGAAAGCAGAACACGAUCGGGAGGUGGCCUUACGUAAUGAGUUGAUUCGACAGGAGAAACUGGAAUUGCUUGCACAGCGGUUUGACCAUAAAUCUGUCAUGAGAGAGACUUGGCUGAAUGAGAAUCAGAGACUAGUAUCACAGGACAAUUUUGGCUAUGAUCUACCUGCUGUGGAAGCUGCCAUGAAGAAACAUGAAGCCAUUGAAGCUGAUGUUUCAUCUUACCAGGAACGGAUCCAGGUCAUUUUGGAUCUAGCUGUUGAGAUGGAGACAGAGAACUAUUAUGACAUAAAACGAAUCAAUGCUAAAAAGAACAACAUCUUAAGGCAGUGGAACAUGCUGAAGGAAUUACUAAGUGCCCGUCGGGGAAGACUUGAACUGAAUCUGUCCCUCCAAAAGAUCUUCCAGGAAAUGGUCUACAUGAUUGACUGGAUGGAAGACAUGCAGGUACAUCUAAAGUUAUCUAAGACUAUCACUCUGUCAAGGUAA